UGGAGUUUGGCAACGACAGGGUAAUCGAAAUACGAAAACACACUUACUUUUAUUCUUACUUCUUAGAAUAAGUACUGGAGAGAGUACCACAUUCACCUUCCAUCAUCCAAUUGGAUUUCGCAGAUCCCAGAACCAAACCAAAUAGGUUAGAUUAGAUUACGAUUCAGCGCUAUUAUGGGCCUCGUUAGGAUCAACGCCACCUUCUUUCCCAUUUGCGCUUCCAAUCCUUCUACCCCCUCUCACGCUUCAGUUGCUUUCCUCAACCAAGUGAUUACUACUGGCUUUGUUUGAGAAAAAAGGUUGAAUAAAAAGAAGAAAAAAGGGUUGAAUGGGGAAGUCUCCUGAUUGGUUGUAUAUAGAUCAUGCAACGUGUGGCUCCCCUGCAUGGAUUGGUAAAGGACUCACCUGUGUUUGCUUCAAGCGUAAGGGAAACUGUCAACGAAUCUGCAUUAGUUUGACCCCUUUACAGGAGGAAAGACUGAGAAGACUAAAGCGCCGGAUGAAAGUUUAUUUUGAUGCUUCCAAGCUUGAACACCAGGAAGCGUUGAGAGCUCUGUGGUCUGCUUCGUUUCCUGAUCAGGAGCUCCAAAGCUUGAUUUCUGAUCAAUGGAAAGAAAUGGGAUGGCAGGGUAGAGAUCCAUCUACUGAUUUCAGAGGAGCUGGUUUCAUUUCGUUGGAGAACCUACUAUUCUUUGCGAAGACAUUCUCCACUUCUUUUCAGCGCCUAUUGAAGAAACAAGGAGGAAAAGGAGCUGUUUGGGAGUAUCCCUUUGCUGUUGCUGGCGUUAAUAUCACAUUUAUGAUUAUGCAAAUGCUGGACCUUGAUGCCACCAAACCCAGGACUUUUGUAAGAGCUGUUUUUCUGCAGAUGCUUUCAGAAAAUGAAUGGGCAUUUGACUUGCUCUACUGUGCGGCAUUCGUGGUUAUGGACAAACUGUGGCUGGAGAGAAAUGCUACAUACAUGGAAUUUAAUGAUGUCUUGAAAUCCACGCGAGUUCAGCUAGAGAAAGAGUUGUUGAUGGAUGAUGUUCUACGGAUUGAAGACAUGCCUUCUUACAGUCUUCUUUGUUGACAAGUGGCUCAAAAACCCUCUCUUCCAACGAAGCAUAGUUUGUGUAAUGUGUACAUCCUCGCUCACUUGCUUAUAGGUUUAACUUUAAUUAAUGUCCAUUAACUAGGUCUAGCAUAUCUUCUUAAUUUAUCCCCCUUUUUAUUCCUUACAUGAUAUGAUAGAUCUAAAUUAAAAUGAACUCGACUCCUUGACUAAUGACUAGUGCUAAAGAAAUUUCCACAUUUGCUGGGUGGAUUUUUAUCUUUACAUUGCUUCCACGAGAUUCUCGUUUGGAAGUUUUGACUAAUUAGUGAUUGGAUUCCUAGAUUAUGCGUAUCUAUCUAUUGAAUCAAUUAUUACGAGUUCAUAUUCUGGUAA